AAUUAUUUCAGCUAAUACCUUUAAACAUCAUUCAACCAAAGCUUAGUUAAGAAAAUAUAAUGAUACUUACAAAACCUCUAAUUUCCUUCUCUUUUAUUAUCUUUUUUUUGUUCAACAAAUAAACUCUUUUAUUAUCUUUAUAAAGUGAUAGAUGAAGGAAAAAAGAAAGAGAGAGAGCAACAAACUUUUGGAGCAAGUCAUAGGUUAAAAGCCCCCUAGCUUUUUCUUCCAUCACUUCCAUUCCUCUCUUCUCAUUCUAAGUGAGACUUUCACAGAGAAUUUAAGAGAUCUUGUUCGGAUCUUUCAGUUUUCAUUCCCUCUUUUUCCUCUAAAAAUCGUUUAUACCUUUGAACAUUUUGAAAAGAUGGGAAGUUACUACUCCAGAAGAAAAUCUCGGAAACACCUCACUACUGUUGCCUUCAUUAUCCUUCUUCUUUUGUUUCUGUUUCUUUACGCUAAAGCUUCAUCAUCUUCCUCUCCUGAUGGCAUUCAUCAUCAUCACUCAAUUCAUGGAAGCUUUAAAAAACCUGGAGCUUUCGAUCCAAAGCUUCAUGAUCGUAGUUUCAAUGACGCGUCAAGAGAAUCAAGAUAUACAUAUGAAGGUGGUGAGCAUGUUUUUGAAAAUAACAAGAGAAGGGUCUUCACAGGUCCAAAUCCUUUGCACAAUAAAUAAUUUUUUUUCUUUUAUAAGUUUUGUGAAAUUUUGUCUGAAUAAAACAUAUUUGUGCAAAUAAAAAAACUUAUUUAUUUA